GACGACUGUAUAGGAUUGCAUGUGUACGUGAUGUGUGUGUCUGGUACGUACUGAAGGCAUGCAUGUCUUACCGUAUCCACUCACUCACAAAUGCACAGGCAGACAUACCGACCGACGGGCGUCCAAAAAGGGCGAGACCCGAUCGCCAAGAUGUGUAGGUGUGGCUACCAGAACUGCACCAACGCGUGGUCAACGUUGCGGACAAGCAUCUGGGCCCAGAGCUUGCUCGUCGCGUUGCCCGCGACAUGGCCAUUCUGACAGCCACACCGAUACACACACAAAACUCAAAGAAAGCCACAGCACCAGCCACCAGACAAGAAUGCACACCCCUCCUAUACACGAUCCACAGGCUAGGCCGUCCUAUACACUCACACAACCAUGCACUCAUCAGACCACAAUAGCGGACUUGCCAUAGGUUUGAGGGCCGAAUGGGUGCAUCCGCGCCGUGUCGGCCUCGGGGUCGCCCACAACGAUGUCCUCCUCCGUCUCCUCGACUGCAUCGGAGCCCUUGGGGAGGAUGAAAAGCUUGUGGAUAAGGCAGAUGACCAAAGGCACCAGAGAGAAGAGGGACACGAUCGUUGCGGCCAUACGAGGGGCUGGAAUCGACGCCACCACGACCUACACGCAUGCACCACACACAGCACAUGCAUCGUGAUAAUAUGGGUGUGAGGGGAGCGGGUGGGCUUACAUUGACGAUCAGCAUUGCCACCAAGACGACGGAAGCGGAGCGCAUUCGCGCCCAGGGCAGAUAGACGAGAGAAAUGCACACAACGGAACUCACACACCGCACAGUCGCCCUGCGUCAGGACAAACAAGGUGAGUACACACACACACACACACACACACGUAUCCACAGAGACCUCUGUGUGUAUUGCGUGAAUGGGUGGGACCUCCUUCUCACCUCAGCGCAGCAGGCACCAGAUCUCCCCUGGCCCGGCUCACAGCGAAGGUCGGAAACCCCAGCGCCCAAAGAAGAGACCCGUUCAGACCGACGAGCACCACAAACUCUAUGGUUCUGCCGCGGACGUGCCUCGGCACACUCGACCGCUCUUUGACGGCGAACUCACACCACGCAGCCAAGACCGCCAUGCCCAACGCGGCGAUCGGGUAGAAGCCAAAGUCAUCAAGAUACGUCAACGAAGGCACCUGAACGACGCGGAGGCACACACAUGCACCUGCUUCCCUCUGUCUGUGCCCGUGUGUGCGCGUGAGGACUCACGUCCAUCUCUCCAUGCAGCUGCAGCUUCUUCUCGGGGUACCGCAGCAGAUACAGAACGGCAAGCGCCUGGCCCGCGUUGAGAAACGACGUCAUGCCCAGCACCGCCGGACCGAUUUGGCUGCACUGCACGUCGAGGAAUGCCGCUGCGAUGCAGCAGAGGCCCGUGACACAGAGGAAAGCCGUGUGGAUGGCCUGCCACGGCAUCGGCUCGAGGAUGGCAUUGAUGGCGCCGCCGGUGAGCAGCAGUAGGCCGAAGAUGACGGCCGUGAUGGUGAAGACGAUGUCGUUGGUGGUGGAGAGGUAGAUCUCACGCUGCGCCAUGAGAUGGCGCUGGCAUGUGGGUUCGCGCCCUCUGUACGCUGCGGGUCGUUACGUUGCGGCCGGGUUUGCGAACAAUGCAGUCGCGUUGAAAGGGGGACUCCAACGAAAGCUCACGAUCAGC